CAUGUGGCAUUGAACCAAUGUUAAGCUCAGUGCCAUAUGUGACAUUAUAUGUUGCCAUAUUUGGCAUUGUGCCUUUAUUGACACUAUAUAGACAAUUUAAUGUGUUUUAUUUCUUUUGCUAAAUUCACAAGUGCUUUAGAGAGGAAGAUCAUAUUAUUUCUUGCUUUAGGCUGGCGACUAAUUCAGAGAGGACCGAAGUGUAUUGGUUAUUUUGAGUCCCACUUCACCCAUAGAUUUUGAAGUAUUUGUUGGAUUGGGUGACGAAAUAUACUGUUUAGGUAUUAUCAAAGAUGAAGUCAACAAAGUCAACAUUAUCGGGCAUCUUCUCAUUUCAUUUUUUAACAAUUAAAAUACCACAACUACCCCCACUUACUUUAUUUAUUACACCUCACCCACCUCAUUUAGUACACUCCAUCCAUUUUUCAUUAAGGGUAUUAUGGUAAACUUUCACCUUUUUUCAACUCUCCUUAAAAACCACCAAAAGUCAAAAUGAGAACAUCUUAGGGGGACGGAGGGAGUAUAUAAUUUGUGAUCAAAAUGUAUAUGAAUUUGACCAAAAAAUUGACAAAGGAUGUAUCGCAUUAUAUCAUCUUGCCGGUAUUAGAUUGCUUAUAAUGUUAAUUAUAUUUCUAGACAACUUCAUGACCGGUUAUUGGGUUGUAUUUGAUCGAGAAAAGUUAAUUAUUUGGUGGAAGUCAUCGGGUUGUAAGUAAUACAUCUCAAAGUUAAACUUGCAAAAGUCAUUCCUCUCCCUUCUUGCUGUCUCUCUUGGAAUCAGACCACACUGCACUAACCCAAUUAUUCUUUCUGAUUGGGAGGGGUAGAAUGGCCUGGAUCCUGGGUUUGUUCUGGGUGGGCUCCUUGUGGUUUACCACUAGGUCUAUUGAUUUACCAAGGUUUGGUGUGAGUCUUGCCAACCCUGUGGAUGCUUUUGAACUCUGGAGCUUAUGCUUGGACCUCUGGAUUGUUUGCUUAUGCUACCACUCACACAACACUUGCUGGAUCCCACUUGGAUGCUGUUUGAGGACUUACACCUACCUGCAGUUUGGAACUGCUUGAGGAAACAAAUAUGUGAUGAUGCUUCUUCUGCCUCAACACGGGACUGCUCUCUAAUGCUGAACCUCACUGCUGAUCCUCCUUGAAUGGAUUCUGAUUGUAAUUUGGAUUUGUCUCUCUAGCGUGAUAUGACCAAUGUCAUGGUCCUCAUCACCUACACUACUGUUCCUUUGGAUGGAUUGAGUCUUGCUAUCUACAUGCUGCUCCUGGACUCCUUUGUUUGAUGUUUGAACAAGUACAUUAUGCCAUGUGCCUAAGCAUGAGAAUGGAUGCUGCCCGCUGAACACAUUGCCCACAGUUGGAAACCUUGAUACCUCUCUUUUGGUAAUUUGUCUCUCUUGUAAUGCACUAGAAUUGAAGCUAUGAAAUACUACCUGCUUGCACUUCACAAUGAAUGAUAUCUCCCAAGGAAUCACUGAAAAUCAGAAAAGGAAGGAAUUAAAAGGAAUGAAUUGAUCUGAUACUCAUGCUCUGUAAUGUUUGUUUGCGUUGUAAUUUGUCUGUACGACUAUGUGUAUCGUAAUGUUUCGUGUUC